CAAAUCAGCCAGUCCUGUAUUAAGUACUAAUGUAGUCAGUGCUGCCAAUGCUGACGAUGGUGCAACUAGGAAACAAGCUGAAGGGAUGAAAGACAUUUCUUCUUCAAAUUCUUUCACAUCUGAAACUGUCAAUGCGAAAGCUAAUCCUCACUUGUCCGACACUGAGAUCAAAUGUCUUCCUGGAGAAAUAAUAAGUGGGAUCCCAUUUGCAGUUGUUGCUCCAAGAUUUAAGUUUGAAUCGAGUAUAAGUGGAUAUGUCGUCACAGAUGUUUUACGUAGCAAUGAGAACCUCUUCCCUGAGCCCUCUGCUGUGGAUGGUUCAUCGCCAGGCAGUAUGAGAGAUGGCAGUAAUAUCUGUCGGCAGGGAGACUCCAGUUGUUUUAAGGUGACUGCUUCUUUGAUGAUUGUAGGUCAGGCUGGAAAGGCCCUUUUAGUAAGGUGUGCUUCUUCUCGAUAUCCAUUUGAGGGACCUGAUAUUUCAUUCAGUGAAAUGAGCUCGGGGCACAUGGAUUCAACUAAAGUGGAAACAAGUGUACCAAGUGCCAUUAAGCAAGGUGUUACCUCUGAUGCCCUAAUGACCGAACAGAUGACCUCCAGAGGCUUGAAAGGAUAUGCUUCAGAUUCACCGUACCCAUCUGGACCUGUGGCAGGAUAUACUUCUAAGUCUGGACUUAAAGGGUUAGAUAGCUGUAAACUUGGUGCAUUUCUUCGAACGUUUGAUGACAAACUGAAGGCUCCUGGAAAUCCUGAGAAUACUGGGACUCCAGACAUAAUCCUACCAGACCCACAGAAUACUGGGACUCAAGAUAUGAUCCUACCAGACCCACAGAAUACUGGGACUCCAAGACAUGAUCCUACCAGACCCACAGAAUACUGAGACUCAUAACAUGAUCCUACCAGAACCACAGAAUACAGGGACUCAAGAUAUGAUCCUACCAGAACCACAGAAUACAGGGACUCAAGAUAUGAUCCUACCAGACCCACAGAAUACUGGGACUCCAGACAUGAUCCUACCAGACCCACAGAAUACUGGGACUCCAGACAUGAUCCUACCAGACCCACAGAAUACUGGGACUCCAGACAUGAUCCUACCAGACCCACAGAAUACAGGGACUCCAGACAUGAUCCUACCAGACCCACAGAAUACUGAGACUCAAGAUAUGAUCCUACCAGACCCACAGAAUACUGGGACUCCAGACAUGAUCCUACCAGACCCACAGAAUACUGAGACUGCAAACAUGGUCCUAGUAGACCUGUGGAAUACUGGGACUCCAGACAUGAUCCUACCAGAACCACAGAAUACUGAGACUCAUAACAUGAUCCUACCAGACCCACAGAAUACUGGGACUCAAGACAUGAUCCUACCAGAACCACAGAAUACAGGGACUCAAGAUAUGAUCCUACCAGAACCACGGAAUACUGAGACUCCAGAUACGAUCCUAGCAGAACCGCGGAAUACUGAGACACCAGACAUGAUGCUAGCGGAACCACGGAAAUCUGAGAUUCAUAACAUGAUCCUAGCAGAACCGUGGAAUACUGAGGCUCCAAACAUGAUCCUAGCAGAACCGCAGAAUAUUGAGACUCCAGCUGAACCACUGAACACUGGCCAUCCAGAAAUGAUUCCAUCACGAGUACAGAACUGGAAGACUCCAGCAAUGAUCCCAUCUGGAUUACAGAACUGGAACACCCCAGACAUGAUCUCAGCUAUAUCAAGGAUUAGGGAGAAUCUGGAACUGAUUCCAGCUGCACCAAAGAACCGAAAGACUCAGGAACUGGUUCCAGCUGGGUCAGAGGACCGAAAGACUCGGAAACUGGUUCCAGCUGGGUCAGAGGACCGAAAGACUCGAGAACUGGUUCCAGCUGGGUCAGAGGACCGAAAGACUCGAGAACUAGUUCCAGCUGGACAAGAGAACCGGAGGACUCUAGAACUGGUUCCAGCUGGGUCAGAGGACCGAAAGACUCGAGAACUAGUUCCAGCUGGACAAGAGAACCGGAGGACUCUAGAACUGAUUCCAGCUGAACCACAAAGCAGCAAGACUCCAGAAAGUAACCCCAAAGGAAGCCAACGCAACUGCUGCAUCUGUUAAAGAUGAAAGGGAUUUUAUCAUGUCAGUUAGCUCAGAGAAUAUGAAUAUUUUGUACAUUAAGAGUUACCACUAACACACAAGAGAAUUUAACUGGUAAUAAUGUUUAAUUACAAAAUAUAUAUUGCAGUAAAUGUCAAUAGAAAAAUGAAAGGAGAUGAUUAAAUGAAAAUACACCGCUUA